AUGAAGUUUUCCAUCAUCAGCGGCGCCUCCACGCUCUUAUGCAUCUUAGCACCAGUGACAGCGCUGCGAGGAGCGCCAGCUCUAGUACCAGUGCCUGACCCGAACCGAGAAUUCAGCUUCCACUGCCCGAAUGGGCCCGUCUACACAAAGGCUCAACUCAUGGAUUUUGUUCUGACGGCCAGAGCAGUUAUGCAGACCGAUAGAGCAGAUGAUCUAUAUCCUUUUGUGUUCACUUCAUUACACUACAGCAUUCCCGGAGAACUAUGGUAUUAUCCUAUGGCAGAGGGCCCAGGUCCACAUGACUUCGUUAUAUUCAACACAGACAAUCGAUUAGUGGGCGCAGUAAGUCGCACUCAUCAUGGAAAUGGCCCCGACGUCGUUGAACCUUGUCAAUUUGUGUAA